ACAGGCACACGACUAGAUGGACCGACACCUGCUUGUGACUUUGAAUCCUGGGACAUGUUUGUGGAAGUGGAUUCCUUGGAUUCCUGCCAUACAGUUAGGGCUGGUCUGUAUCUAUGCCUGGCGUCUGCUGGACUUCUCUGCAGAGGACAUGUCCGAUCAUGCUUGUCGGCUGCCUUCUUUAAGGAAGACAAGGGUGAAGACAUCUGCGAUGAGGUGGUGACAGACCACUUUGCACCAAUAGUGGUGAGGCAAGGGACCCGAUGGAUCCACAGCAUACCGUACCCCACUGAGGUCUCUGUUUCCUGUCCAGGACCACCCAUGGCAGAGAUCACAAAACCCAGGGAGAUGUUGGAGGGUGUAGGAGUCCUUCGUCUGGCAUCAGGAUGUCAGGCUACUUCUCAGGAUUUCUUCAUUCCACCAAUGUCAUCCUUGGAGUAUCAGCAGGUGGUUACUGUUUUACCGAAGCCUGGCUGGUAGGAUCUACGAGGAAUGGUGGAUCAGGACCUUCGAGAUGAAAUAUUGCUUGAGGACACACUGGGAGGCACCGAGCCUGGGACGACUCUAGUGGAGGCAUCCACCCUCAGGCAGCGGGCCUGGAUCAGGACUCUCCUACAGCCGAGUUUGGAACAAGACCAUUGGGAGUGUCCUGCAGUGAUUGCCAUGGCUGGCCACGGCUGGUGGUUUUACAAGUUUUCAACAUUUCGUCGGUGGUUCAGUCGACAGCAGAACUCAGAGGAGAGCGCGUCCAGCAACCAGAGUCAGGGCCGUGUUGCUAUUGAGCUACCGUCACGGCAGCCGGGCCAGGUUUAGUGGCCGUCUCUGAGUAACUUGCCGCCCUUUCGAGGUGUUGAGCCGGAGGUGAGGCAGGUUCUCCUAGACGGCCUAAGAAGCUCCGGCCCGGGAAGACCUGAUCAAGGACGAUCGACAUGAUCGAGGACGAUCAUACUUAUAAGGGGGGAGUGAGGUCAUAAGACAAUGAGGAAAUGAAUAAACACAGACGGAGAUAGUUGUGGAGUGCUGAGGAGGUGCUCCGUCUGCGCACGUGCGAGAGGAAGGGAGCAGGAGGAGACAGACAGAACCUCUUCAGAUGGGCACACGACUAGAUGGACCGACACCUGUUUGUGACUUUGGUAGGGAAAGUGUAGAUCUAAGUUGUGUGGAGAGAUACUGGACGGGGAGUCUAGUAUUGGAGGAUAUUACAGUGAAACAUUCUGUGUGCUUAUCACUAGUUGAUAACGGAAGGACAGUAAUUAGAGUGGAGUAUCUGUGACAGGGUUCAUCACGGUUCACUAAUUAAAUGUAUCUUAAUGGUUUAUAAGUUGCUUUUUUGUAUAUAUUUUAUUUGUUUCUAUUUUAUAUACAUAUAU